AAAUCCGAAGCAUUGCUCGUUUUCGCCAUAUUCCUUCUCGAAAAGACGAGAUAGAACGUACGGGAGCAUAUAAUCGUAAAAGAAAAAAAAACCAAUAUGCGAGAAAUCGUGCACGUUCAGGCCGGUCAAUGUGGCAAUCAAAUUGGAGCAAAGUUCUGGGAGGUGAUUUCUGAUGAACACGGCAUUGACCCUACGGGUACCUACCAUGGUGACUCGGACUUGCAAUUGGAAAGAAUCAACGUGUACUACAAUGAAGCCUCAGGUGGCAAAUAUGUUCCCCGUGCCAUUCUUCUCGACUUGGAACCUGGAACCAUGGAUUCUGUAAGAUCAGGACCUUUCGGCCAGCUUUUUAGACCAGACAACUUUGUUUUUGGUCAGAGUGGAGCAGGAAACAACUGGGCUAAGGGACACUAUACAGAAGGUGCAGAACUAGUAGAUACAGUGUUAGAUGUUGUCAGGAAGGAAUCUGAAAGCUGUGAUUGUCUUCAGGGUUUCCAGUUGGCUCAUUCUCUUGGUGGAGGAACUGGAUCUGGAAUGGGAACUCUUUUAAUCUCAAAAGUACGAGAGGAAUAUCCUGAUAGGAUCAUGAAUACCUUCAGUGUUAUGCCAUCACCAAAGGUAUCUGACACAGUUGUAGAACCAUACAAUGCUACACUUUCUGUUCACCAACUUGUAGAAAAUACAGAUGAAACUUACUGCAUAGAUAACGAAGCUCUAUAUGAUAUUUGUUUCCGCACCCUCAAGUUGACCACUCCAACCUAUGGUGACCUCAAUCAUCUUGUCUCUGUUACAAUGUCUGGAGUCACCACUUGUCUAAGGUUUCCUGGCCAGCUGAAUGCAGAUCUUAGAAAACUUGCUGUGAACAUGGUUCCAUUCCCUCGUCUCCAUUUCUUCAUGCCAGGCUUUGCUCCACUUACUUCCAGAGGAAGCCAGCAGUACAGAGCACUAUCAGUCCCAGAACUAACUCAGCAGAUGUUUGAUGCCAAAAACAUGAUGGCAGCUUGUGAUCCUCGUCAUGGUCGCUACCUGACUGUAGCCGCAAUCUUCCGUGGACGCAUGAGCAUGAAAGAAGUAGAUGAACAGAUGAUGAAUGUUCAGAAUAAGAACAGCAGUUACUUUGUGGAAUGGAUUCCCAAUAAUGUUAAAACAGCAGUGUGUGACAUUCCUCCUCGGGGGUUGAAGAUGAGUGCCACUUUCAUUGGAAAUAGCACUGCCAUCCAGGAAAUCUUCAAAAGAAUCUCGGAACAGUUUACAGCUAUGUUUCGACGUAAGGCUUUCUUGCAUUGGUAUACUGGUGAAGGAAUGGAUGAGAUGGAGUUCACAGAAGCUGAAUCCAACAUGAAUGACUUGGUUUCUGAGUACCAACAAUACCAGGAAGCCACUGCUGAAGAUGAAGGAGAGUUUGAUGAAGAAGAGCUUCUUGAGGAAGGCUAAUUUAUAGUUUCCACU